GCAAAGUGAAAGUAUGUAUAUAUAAAUAAGAAAUCUCCAAAUUCUACUACCUACACAUACAAACCCUAAAUUGAAAAAUCCCUCUCUGGAUGAUGGAAGACGAAGAAGGUAAAAAGUCUCUCAAGCGCCCUCAUGGAUCAGAUAUGGAAGACGACGACGACGACGGUCACGUAAACGUUAAAGGGAAGGGGCAGGAGGAGGAUCCAAGCUCUGCAACUGCUUCUGAUGCUGCUGCUAUGGAUUCACUGCCCCUGUCGGAUGAAGAUGAAGAUUUUGGUGCUACCAAUGCUCCACUGACUGGAGGAGGAGCACCCCUUUUCAAGAUUUUGGCUGAUAGAAAUACUCUCAAGUGCCCUCCUCCUCUUGAGGCUAACUCUGCUGCUGCUGGUAGUACUAAAGCUGAAGAAACUCGAAGAAGGGUCGUUGUUAAGCUUAAAACUCUCUAUGUGGAUCCAUUAGCACAUGCAUGUGCGUUUGAUCCUUCAGCUCGUAGAGAUAUUUGGUUCCAAGAUUACUUUGAGAAUGGUCGCGUAGUUAAAGUAGUCAGAUAUGGUCGUCGAGGAGGUUCUACUUGGUCUAGGCCAAGUCAAGAUGCUGCUGAUGAUGAUGCCUAACAAAAUGGGAACUUGCUUUCGGUUGCAAAUCUCUGAAAUAGUAGGAAAAAAACCACCUGCAAGAAGGAUUAUACUGUUAACAUCUAAAUUCUUUUGGUCAAAUCCAAUCUUUGGUUUGACUUUUAGUUAUGACUGACUGACUCUCAAGUAACUUAGUACUAGUAGUUUGCUGUGAAAACUAUGGAAGUAAUGGCAAUCUGUCAUGUAAUUUAGCUUUGAUUUGGAUUGAA